GUGACGUUUACCAUAUCAUGAUGGCGGUAGCCUGGACUAUUUUGAAUCCCGUCCCGCUUUUCGAACUUUACCCCGAGUCCAGUUUGUAAAAAUGUCUCGGUACCACCCGGAUAACACCGAAUAACUCAACCGCUACCAUGGACUCCGUGUUGGGGGACGAUUUGACGCUGCCCGUUGACAUCAACGGAAGCUGCAGACUUCCAGACUCCCUAGAUGCCGGAGACUAUUCCACAGACAGCAUGACAGCUCCAUCCUUCCCUGACAAGAUGUCCCCAAUCAAAGCUCUCACCAUGAAGGACUAUGAGAACCAAAUCACAGCUCUGAAGAAAGAGAACUUCAACCUGAAGCUGCGCAUUUACUUCAUGGAGGAGCGCAUGCAGCAGAAAUGUGACGACUCCACUGAGGACAUAUUCAAAACGAACAUAGAGCUGAAGGUGGAGUUGGAGUCUAUGAAGAGAGAGCUGGCAGAGAAACAGGAGCUACUCGUGUCUGCAUCGAAAGCGUUGGAGAGCCUGGCUGGUCGAGAGUCAGGAGAACCCCAUCGUUUGAGAGAGCAAGCUCAGAGAGAGAUGGAUUCACUUCGGGACGCAUUCAACAGGAGGAUAGCUGACCUAGAACAGUCUCUGCGCACGGCAGAGGAAGAGGUCGAGAAGAUGGCAGCCAUCGCUGAGCAGGAGAAGCUCAAGAAUAUUAACAUGGAGAAGCAGCUCCAAGACCUCGGCCCAUCCAGCACCUUCCCCCCUGUCCCCAGCCCAGUCCAAGACCUGCAGCAGGCUCUGCAGGAGAAAGACAAUAUCAUCGAGCAACUCAAGAUCACCUUAAAGAACCAGGAGGCUGAGAUCCAUCAGAAGAGAAGUGCAGACCAACAGACAGAUGGACCAUCAGCUGACGGUGUUAAACAGCUGUCUGAUCUCAUCGCCAAGAAAGAUCAGGAACUUGAUGCACUGAGGGACGAGCUACAUCGACAGAAAGACAGAACGACGCCGGACCAUCAGCAGAGUGAGGUUAGCCGAUUGGAGUCCUACAAUAAGCUGCUGACUGAAGAGCUCACCCAGGCAAAAAGCACCAGCGAGAGCCUGACCAGAACACUGGAGGACAGCCAGAGUCAAAACAAGAACCUGUUGGGGAAGCUGGAGGAGAAGGAGAAUGAACUCAACUCUGAGAAGAAAAACGCUCUCAAGCGAGACAAAGCAAUCCAGGGGCUUACUCAGGUCCUCAAAGAAAAGGAAAAAGAGAUUGCAGAGCUGUGUCAUGAGAUCGAGGACAGGGACGACGCUUUGGCCAAGGCUAGAGAGGCAGCACAUAAAGCCCAGCUGCAGAAAUACCAGGGAGUAGAGGAGCACCAAAAUUUAUUAAUGGAAAAGCAAACAGAGCUGGCCCAACUCCAGGGGGAACACCAUGCCAAGGUGCUGGAAGCCCAAAAGCUACAGCGUGCUCUGGACAGGAAGGAGCAAGAGCUGGGUGACAUGCAGCAGGCCAAAGACCAGCUCGAGGUGGAACUGGAGGACCUGCAACAGCAGAAGAAGAAGGGUGACAAAGCCCUGAAUGAUCUAAACAAUCAGCUCAAAAAGCUGAGUGGUGAGAUCAGGGACAGGGAGAGUACUCUGGAGCAGCAGUACCAGGAGCUGCUGGAUCAGAACAAAAGAAAACUGCAGGCCCAUGAGGUCACCAUCCAGCGGCUCACAUCCACUCUGGCCGACAAAGAGCAGCAGCUACAGGAGUACAUAAACAUGGUCAGAGAUUUCGAGCAAAGCAAAAGCCCGGGAGGGAACGAUAAUGUGCUUUCCAAGCUGCGGCAGAGGCUGAAAGAAAAAGAGAAGGCUCUGGAGCAAGCGCUGGAUGAGAAGUUCGCUGCCAUCGAGGAGAAAGACAAUGAGAUCCACCAGCUGCAGCUGUCUCUAAGGGAGAAGGAAAGAGACCUCGAUAGGCUCAACAACUUGCUCUCUCACAACGAUGAGACCAUUAACAGUUUCGACAGUCUGAUCAAGGAGAAGGAUGUGGAGCUGCAGCAUCUUGCAAACGCCCUGAAAAACCUGCAGAGAGCCAAGCAAGAUGUAGAAGACAACUUGAACAGAUCGCUGAGGGAGAAGGACUCCAUCAUCAGCCAGCUACAGCUCUCCCUGGAGGGCAAGGCCAAGGAUAUGGAUGAGUCUGCAGAGAACUACAACCGCAUGCUGUCUGAGCGCUCUCAAGAGAUUCAGGAACUGAGGAAGCAGCUGUCUGAAAGGCAGCAGCAACUUGCCACCGCCGAGAAGCAAAGCUCCACGACAGCCCAGGAGGGUUAUUUAGAGACCGCACAGCUCCGAGCUCUGCUCGCCGAAAAAGAAAGCAUCAUCGACAAGCUCCUGCAGCGUGGUCAGGAGAGAGACCAGUUUCUGACAGAGAUUAGGCAGAAGGGGGAGCCGGAUCAUGUGCUGGAACUCAGACAAACUAUCCCGAUCAUGCAGGAGACGUUGGACGAGAUGGAAGCUGAACUGUCCAGGAGGAACAGCGAGGAAAACGUGGAGAACAUUCCUCUCUCCAGGAAGACAGUCGUCGUCCUGAAGAAGGAGCUCGCACAGAAAACCGAGGCACUGAAUAAAGCACUGAAGAGAGAGAAUGAACUGAAGAUUUCUUUGGCAGAGCUACAGUCAUUGCUCUCAGAGCUGGAGGGUCGCAACGAAGGUCAGGCUGCUAAUAUCGAGUCCCUGACUGCCACUCUGAAAACCAAGGAUGAGAUCAUCGCUGUUCUCCACCAGCGCCUCGGUCAAAGAGGGGACAGUCGGGCUGAUCAUACCCAGGAUCAGGUCACUGGCUCUGACAUAGACAGAUCACUCCCUGGACUCCCUCAGAGAGAGAGAACCAUGAUUGGAGGAGACAGCCAGCAAGAAGCUUUGCCCAACCUUAUAGCCUUGCAACAGGAGCACGAUGCUCUGAACAAAGCGCUGAGAGCCGAACAACAGCUCUACUCCAGCCUGGUCAGGACUGUAAAGGAGCAGGACAGCGCUCAGCGCCUCCACGCUCUGCAGCUGGAGCUGGCAGCAGUGCAGCUCCUCAGGCAGCAGCUCGAGGAGAGCAUAAAAACCAACGAGGAGCUACGAGACGACCUGGAGAGAGAGAUACACAGAGCCAGGCUCCGAGAAGGGAUGGACCUGAUUGAUCCUAAAGAACUGGAGAGCAUGAGACAUCAGCUGGAAGACGCGCAGCGCUGGAACACCUCUCUGCAGGCUCGCCUGGGAGCCAUACAGAACCGCGGCGGAGGCGUUGGCGGGGCAAACGAUGGCGGUGACACUUUGAGUUUCAUCGGAGAUCAGACUUCCUACAUGAGCAUCUGUGUGGGAGAGGGCCAGGAUGACAGCUUGUCUCUGCUCUCGACACAAGAGCAGAAGGUGCUGGAGCUGCAGGAUUGCGUCGGCAGACUGCAGACUUUAAACAAUGAGCUACAGAACCGGCUGUCACUGUUGGGGAAAUCAGAGCAGGACGCUUACGACAAGGAGGACAAAGACGUGGCCAGCGGUAGCCCCUGGAAACAGCAGCUCGAGAAGACGCAGGAGAUGCGGCCUUUGCUUCACGGUAAGAGGGCGCAUCACUCCGGUCAGGACAAAGAAAGUCAGACGGACAUCAAAAUAGGACAGAUGUUGUCUGGAAAGCUGUUUGUUGAUGCGAGCAUGGACAGUGGCCUUUCAAGUAGUGGAGAGCAUGCUCAGUCUGGCAGCAACAGCUUGGACACUGUAGAAAAAGAUUCUAGGGAGAGGAACCCGGAUGUAACAGCGCUUAAAUCUCUGCUGACUGAUUUUGAGGCCACAUCGUUCUCGCAGCUUAGAGAGGCGCUGCACAGACUUAGAUCAGAAAACGCAGAGCUGCGGGGUCUCCUUAAAGAACAAAAAUCUACCGAGUAUAAAGAGAAAGAGAGCACGGACGCCUCGGGGAACAGCAGUGAUGGACAGGCCGAACUGAGAAAGAGUGUGGAGGCGCUGCAGGCCGAGACAGAAGAUCACUCUAAGGUUAUCGGUCCGUCAAAAGAGGCGUCGGAUGGGCAGAACCCUGUCACCACCGAGCUAAUUAUCAGCGCCAAAGGGGAGAGGGAGAGUCCACAGUCACACGGCAAGAGUGCAACAUGGCAUGUCUCAAGGCAUGGGGCUGGUGUCAGAUCUCGCCUCCCGGUCCCCGUGAGGCUGAGGGUGGAGGCGAGCAGCAGCAGCAGCAGGCAGUCUGUGAGCUCCGAUCAUCUGAAUGCCGGCGCACUUCAGAACCCGUCCUCGGACGAUGUCCACGGGUCUGACCAGCAGCUGCACACGGACUCCGACUCCCCCUUGUCACCCCAGCACAGCACUUCCCCGUCUUCCACACUCAGACAUGCACAUCGUAGCAGGAGUCCAGUCGGGUCGGACAAGGACUCUGAAGACAGAACACUGGAUCACACCCAGGCCGACUCUGCUCUUUACACCCAGCUGGAGCUUCUUCACCAGGAGUGUCAGGAGAAAGAGGGCCUGAUCAACAAGCUGAGCGAGCAGCUAGCCGAUUGGGAAGAGCUCCACGCUCAGCUCCAGGAGAAGGAUCGGCUCAAUCGCCAGUACGUGGAGGCCUUACAGGCUGCCGAAUCCACCAUCGCUUACCUGACCGCCUGCAGCCUGGACAGCCAGGGCGGAUUUGGGUCGCACACCAGUUUGAGCGCAGUUCCAGGCUCCGGGGGUUCAGACACUGUCCUCCACAGCAGAUGCCUGGAGCUUCAAAAAGCCCUACAGGAGAAGGAGGAGCUCAACCACCAGCUCAUAGAGCUUCUAAGCGUGGCGGGGAAAGCGAUCACCUCCUCUGACAGCGAAGCAAAGAAUCCACAAACCAGCGAUCUGUGUUCGAAGAUAGAGACGGCCUUGCAGCAGCAGCAGGUGAACGCGUCCUCCGAUAGUCAAAGCCCAAGAGAUGGAAGCGCAGAGGACGCGAUGCAGGAGUUGCAACGACACGCAGACUCUUUGCAGGAGGCGCUAUGGGAGCAGAAUAGGAUUAAUGCUGAGCUGCAGGAAAGACUGAGAGCCAUAGAUGCUGCUGCUGCUGAAUGUGACCACAACAGUAACAGUGCUGACCAGAAUGGUGAACUUUCGAGGGAGACAUCAGCAGAAUCACUGAAGGAAAAGGAGUCAAAGGAACGCCAAAGUUCUGAAGAUGUCAGCUUAAAUCAGGAGAUGUCCAAAGUUCUGCUGAACUGUCUCAGUGCAGCAGAGUCUGCCGUUGCCUCUCUAGCAGAACACUGCACAAAUACAAGCUCCUUCGCUCCCGGUAGAUCAUCUCAAACCAACUCUGACCUGCAGAUGAACCUAGACAAACUUCAGAGAGCUCUGCAGGAGAGGAAGGACCUGGAAGAACCAACGGAGCACGCCGACAAAUCCGGCAGAAAUCAAUCCGCCGCUACAAAGGGACAACUACGCCAAGAGCUCCAUAACAACCUCUGCCGCCUCUACAAGGCCUUCAGCGAUCACUGUCGGAGAAUAUCCGAACUCCAGGCUUCCGUACAUGAUGACAGGGGCCGUAGAGAGGAGAGCAAGGACCACAGGACGAUGCAGGAUGUCAAGGGAUUACCGCCGAGCGUUCAGGUCCAACUGGAGACUCUGCAUAAGGCGCUGAGGGAGAAGAAGAAAGCAUGCAAGAGCCUGGAGGAGCAACUGGCCACCGCUCUCACCAACACGUCUCCUGAAACUGCACGGAAAGCUCUGGAGCAGGAUGACAAAGGCGUGCAGGUGGAUUUGCAGGACCUGGGUUACGAAACCAGUGGCAAGAGUGAGAACGAUAGGGAAGAGAGCAGUAGCACAGAUCUAGAGGUUGGUGUGAAACCAAGCUGCAGCGCCUCUAGCUUGCCUUCCCUGCUGAAACACGAGCAGGCCACAUUCUCCUCCACUGAAAACCUGGACUCCACCUCCAGCACCCCGUACCCUAGUUCCCCGGCGCUCAGCUCGGCCAAGGUCAGUCUGAAAAGCCUGCAGGCCUACGACGAGUACGGCGUUUCCGAGGACCCCCUUCAGCUUCAGGGACAAGUCAGAGAGCUGAAGGUCCAGCUGGAGAACCAGACCAAGCUCAUCCUCCAAAUGCAAAGUCUCCUGCGCAGGAACUCUCUCUCCAGCGAGUUAGUUGCCAGCGUCUCCGAUCCGUCACUCGGCAGGGAUCAAGAGGGGGCGCAGAGAGAUGACCACAGCCAGGAUAGGAGCUACAGAAGUGGACAGCCGAGGGAGAAAAAGGAGGCGACGAAGGAGAAAACCAGCUGUCUGAACACGGAACUGGAAAGAGAGAGGUCGCUGAACAGAAGCAUGAGCGAUCAGCUGCAGCAGACACGCAGCCAAUCCACAUCACCUGCAAGACUGGACUCUCUGGUGCAGUCCCAAGCCAGGGAGCUGUCACAACUGAGGCAGCAGAUCAAGGAGAGCCGCAGGCUGGGAGGCCUGCAGCGUCGGCAGCUGGAGGAGCUGAACAGAGCCUUCAAGGAGCUGCUGCAGGCCAGCGAAGUGGACUACUACAUGGGGGAGGUGGUGAAAGAGCAGCUGGACAAGAGCCUGGGCAUUCUGGACCGGCUGGAGGGACGUUUGGACAAAGGAGACUCUCAUCCGGAUAACGAGGACGUGGCGGCUCUGGAACUGUCUCGCAGGUUGGCUAAAGAGCUACAGGAGAAGAACCGCGUGAUCCAGAGCCUGCAGAGCCAGCUGAGAGGCCAAACUCCCAGCAGCCACCACAGCUCUCACUCCGACCUGUGCCACUUGGACAGGACCUCCUCCUCCUCCUGCUACAGCAGCCCGACCACGCCGGGCGUGAGCGGAGCCCGCGGCCAGCGACACCCCGCUGAUUGGACGGGAGCUGCAGUCCCUCCCGUGGGAGGAGCUCAGGAGGAAGGCAGACUGCACGGCCUGCAGAGGGAGAACGGCCGACUGCAGGAGCAGCUGAGGUGCAGCGAGGAGCUCAACAACACCCUGCGCAGCGAACUGGACCUGCAUCGCUCCAUCAUGGCCCAGACCAGCUCCCACCACCAGGAACAGGAUCACGGACACGACCAGGACGGGUCAGGACCUCAGACGGACGCGAGUAAACCGGACGGAGACGCCGGCUCGCAGACGGACGCUGGCGAGCAGCCACGGACGAUGAAUUCAGACUUGCUGGGAGAACAUCUCCAGGAGAUCCGAGCUCUGCGGCAGCGCUUGGAGGAGAGCAUCCGCACCAACGACCGUCUCAGGGAGCAGCUGGAGAAGAGACUCGCCGAGGUGGAGAAAGACCCAGCAGCCACCAACAUCUUCAUCCACGGCAACGAGGAGCAGGGUCAGCUGGCCAACGAGGUGCGCUUCCUCUGGGGACAGAACCAAACCCUGAAGGAGCAGCUCAACAUGGGCUCCAGAGACAAGCAGAAAGAGAACGAGAAGCUCCGGGAGACUCUGGCCAGGCGGACGGCCAAACUGGAGCAGAGCCGGAAGGAGUGCGAAGCUCUGAGGCAGGAAAACAGCCGACUGCAGGAGAGGCUGGAGCACAGCAGCCAGGAGAAGACCCAGCUGCAGGAUACACUGCACUACAGCAAGGAGGAGCUGCACAGGCUGCAGUGUGAGGUGCAGCUGCAGCGGCAGCAGCUGUCGGACUCCCAGCAUGUCCUGCAGUCGCUGCGGGUGGAGCUGCAGGUCUACGAAAAGAUGAAGACCGAAACUCAGAAACACGACGCAGAGUCCAGUGAAGCGACCCAGGGGCCCGUCCCCGUCCCGUCCUCCAGCUCGGUGGACCUGAGCGAGCUGCUGCUGGAGAUCAGACACCUGAGGCUGCAGCUGGAGAGGAGCAUCCAGACCAACACGGCCCUGCGGCAGAGGCUGGAGGAGCAGCUGCUCAGAGGACCCAACCGCUCUGAAACCAUCAACAUCAACUACCUGCUGUCCUCACCGGAUGAAGGAGGCAGGUCACCGGGCCGUGAAGGCAGUGAUGCUGUCAGGCACUCGUUUCAGAGUCACAACGAAUACACCAGCGUCCGGCACGAAGAGAAGCGUCGCGUUCACUCGGAGGUGGACGGAGGCUCGAUCAGCAGCAGCUCCGGCGACAGCGUCCCCGGCGCUCCCUCCCGCCUGGUGCCGGGCCACCGCAUGUGGGCGAACCGCAACGGCCGCCACAUUCUGGGCCUGAUCGAGGACCACAACGCCCUGCGGAAGCAGAUCUCGGAGGGCCGGAAGCUGUCGCGCAGCAUGGACGCGCAACUGCAGGAGUGUCUGCAAACAUUCAGACAGCAGGGCCACGACAACAAGGCAGCGGAGCAGCAGCAUCUGAAGAGUUUGUCCGGGAACGUGAGCAACAUGCAGCACGUGCUGGAGGAGGCCGGGCGACUGCUCAAACUGGUGUGGAGAGUGUCUUUGCCGGCCGGGAGCACAGGAGGGGACGGCGGCAACAACCAGCAGUUUCAGGACGAGCUGCUGAAGAACGAGAUAUCCAGACUGAAGAGCAGACUGUCGCAGCAGGAGAGGAUGCUGAACGGAGCCGUCAAACGCCUGCGAACGACCAACCAGCUCAAAGAGGGGAUGGAGAGAGUCAUCAUCGACCAGCUGUAUCUUACCCACGGAGUGUUGAAGAAAGCCAGGGGGAAUUUAGAGACAAAUUACUGUACCCUGUUCGGCCUGAAAGGUCCGUCUGGAACUCCAGACGAAGGAGGUCCCAGUCAAUGGCCAGUAGGGGGCGCCGCAGAGCCCGAGCAGCCCGCGGGCAGCAGACGCUCUGAAUCCUCGGAGGAUCGCCACAGCGACGCCUCGUUACACUGCAGCUACUAAAAA